AGUUGCACAUGAAUGCCAGCAUGCUGUCAUACAUACUCUUCUCUUGUUUGCUGCUCUCUGUGCAAGCACAGAAUUGCAGUGUCCGUGAAAUUAUCCGGUAUACAGAACGUCUGCUUAAGGAAAAUUCUGUAAAUUGCCCAUGUAGGGAGACAGCUGUCAGUUCAUGUUCAUGUCUUCCCAUUGCUGAGCCUGGCCAUGAAUUGGCAUGCUUUGUGGAAGGAACCGAACACAUGCUGAAAAACAACGUAUCUUCAAACGCAGUAAUUGCAAGGCUUAAUCUAACCUUUCAGACUCAACUGGAUAGAAACCUCUGUGAAAGCCUGGCACGUGGGGAUCAAUGCCAGUACAAGACCAAGGGAAGCGUGAAGGAAUUUUUGAAUAAAAUCCUGAGAACCUACCAAGCAAUCAAUAAGCAUAGAGCUUAAAAAAAAAAAAAAAUUAAAAAGCUUUU